UAUUCUGCGUGUUUUACAGUGCGCAGCGCGGGGCCGUUCGAGCCUAAAAGUUUGUGGCGCAAAGCUGUCGAUCGUUUGCUCGCUCUGUCGAGAUUUGCUGCGGACAACGAUUGCGUUGUUGCGGGGCCGCGCUUCAGAGUUUUCUCGAGUUUUAUGUUUUGAGGUUUGUCUGUUUCAGACGCGAGAAAUCGUUGGCGCCAGACGCUUGGAAAGAUUGGACUUAUGGCGGAGGAGACUGCAACCGCGGCGACGAGGCAAAGGAGGAAGAGAAAAUGGGACCAACCCGCGGAAGCAGUUGUUACUGCUGGAUUUCUGCCUGGCCUUCUGCCAUUUGCUGGGGCCGGUGCCUUUGCUGGUAUGGGAGCUUUGCACGGGUUUUCAUCUCUGGUAGGAGCUUAUCCAAGUCUAACCACACCACUUGCAGUUCCGGUUGCAGCCCAGCAUUCAAUAGCUGUGCAUCAAAGUGCAGCCGCGGCAGUUGUUCAGAAGUUCAAUCAGGACCUUAUGAGCAAAGGCCUUUUACCCCAAGCUAAAAUACAAGAUGAACUUAUCGCACGAGAAAUAACAAUCAAUGACGCGGAGGCCGGCGUUCGCUACAAGCUAACCAAACGUCAAACUCAAGAAGAAAUUCAAGUCAAAACUGGUGCCGUGGUGAUCACAAGAGGUCGUUACAGGCCACCCAACGGACCAGUCGAAUCAGAAAAGCCUUUGUAUCUUCACAUAUCCGCCGGUGUGCAUCUGAAAGAUACAGCAGAACGCAUCAGAGCUGUUGACCAGGCAGCUGCAAUGGUUGAGGAGAUGCUGAAGCAGGGUCGUCAUGUAUCAGCUUCAUCGACUGUAGCACCUACUGGGACGGUUUCGAAUGGAAUGGUUCCUGCACCUUUUGCAGCCAGUAUCUAUGUCGGUUUUGAAGCGGAUCCCUCUUUCAAUCUUAUGAGGAAAAUACGUGGGCCUAAUGAUCAGUACAUUAAUCAUAUCAUGAAUGAGACAGGAGCUACUGUCACAUUGAGGGGACGAGGCUCAGGCAGUCGAGAGGUUUCUUCUGGCGGCGAAGAGAUACCACAGCCGCUGCAUUUGUACAUCACUAGCGACAAUUCCAAGAGCCUAGAAGAUGCCAAGGUUCUUGCCGAAAAUCUACUACAGACGAUAAGAUCAAUGCCGGACAGACACGGCCCAGGUGCUGUGGCACCUGUAUCUUCAACCUAUUCUACCACACAGUCAUCAACAUAUCAGCCUUCUGGGUUUCCUGGCACUGGCCUGCCACAUGUUCCUUACGGAGGCUACCAUUUGUCUGGAAAUGGGAGUUACCCGCCACCUUACGUAGGAAGUCAGCCCCUCUAUUAUCCCCCUGUGUCAGCUGGAGUUGCUGCUUCAGCUGUUCAAUCCUCACCCGCCUCAAGCACAGCAACAGAUAUCCACACGAAUAGGGUUCCUGCCAGUAAGGUGUAUGCAGCUGUACCUCCACCAGUGCAACUACUGGGAGAACAAUCUGGAUCCAGUGAUUCCGGCGCGAGUCAAAGCUCUUCUCUUCAGGAUGCAGAUCUCAAGAUCAGCACUGAUUCCUCAGUUAUCAAAGUUUCAGCAUCUGCUCCUACCUCUGCUGAUUUGUCUUCUGCCGUCAACCCUUCACAGAUUGCUUCAUAUACUGCCUUCCGUACUGGUUCUACUGCCAACACGGCUCCCGUCCAGUCCCCACAAGAAGCGUUGAGACCCUCUUCCUUCUCGCCGGUAAUGAUGGCCCAGGCUCCCCAGCCCGACGCAAAUGUACAAAACAUCCUACCAGCUUCUACUCGAGCUCUUCAGUCGAGUUAUGGGCAUUCACAAAUGUCUGCCUACAGUGGCUACAGUGGCGUCUACCCACAGGCGUCUCCAUUGCAGCAGGUGGCUCAAGCCUUGCAAAGACCCCCACUACCAGUAUCAUUAAAGCCGGGAUUAACUCCAGGAUUUCCAGUUGCAGUAUCUACCAGGUCACAGGCAGGAUUUACCCAGGAGAAGCUAGCAGACAAGCAAUACACACAACGCCGAAAGUUUCAGGAGUUUCCAGUUUCUUCGACCAAGGAAUCUUCAGGAGAUGAACAGGUAUAUCUGACCUUCAAUCGAGCUUGACCUCUAGCGCGCUCAUCAGUUUGGACGUGCAUUUCAGUUGUUUCACAGGAUAAAAUUCUCGAAAAUGAUAUGAAGAAUUUGGAGUAGCAUGAGGUUAAGGAGGCUGACUGACGCGUUGGCGAGAUUAUGCGUCCUGUCUUGUUUGGUCCUACCUAAGUAGUUCGUUCCACCAUUGUUCCCUUCUCUCAAGUCUUUCCUCGUCCAUUUUCUGAGAUUCUCACUGGGUUGGGGAGUGAAUAACAGCAUGCGUAUUGAUCUUGAUUUGUUGUCGAUCGGCGUAGACCUAGUUAACAUCUGUAAUUUCCUGUCAAUUGUUUUUCUCAGUGCGUUGAUCCCUCAAUAGUGCUCAAUCAGUGUGGACUUUUAUGAUUUGGUUACGUACUGAGCUUGGAUGUCUUGUAGCAGCAUGGUCGGAGAGGAGCAAGCUCAUCUAUAGUUCUUGAUCCUAAAGCUUGUCAAGAAACAUGUUCUUCCAGUAAAUCUAUGCCCCCACCACCAGACAAGAUCAUGCCGUCACUGCCUCCACAGAAGAAUUGUGCUUCAAUACCUGCAAAUUUAGCACAGGCACGUGCAUCAUCUAAAGAAACCGUAUCGUUGACUUCACCUACCGUGAAGCAACCGGAGGAUGGCCAUGUUUCCCCUCAUCGUACAGGUCUGAAGCUUGUGGAGUAUGGUGAAGAGGAGGAAGAGUCAUCUGAAAAUGCAGAAUCACCACAUUCUUCAAAUGGCAUAACAUCGCCAUCUUUUUUCCCUGGGAAACCUUUUUGGGCGGCUUAGUCAUAGCUUUUGAUUCCUUGAAUAUUUCUUGUCUGAUUGAUUACCCCUUCGAAAGCAACUUUGAUGUGCUUUCAGAGGGUUAUGCCCUAAAUACCAUCUGAUGUUCAUGACUUCCUCACAAAUUUGAAGGAAGGAGUGACAGGAUUUCAGUUCAAAGGGCAGUUGAAUAUCAAAGCGGUGAAGAGAAAUUGGAUGUUACAACGAGGGAGAAUUCUUACUACUCAGCGAUGAAUUGCUGAGCACGUUUAUUGUUUCUUCCUGCAUUCUGCGCACAUAGACUCCAUGAGCGGAGUAGAAUGCAGAUGCGUUUGGAAACUACGUCAGGAAAAGUCAUGCGGACAAGCCGUCCGCAGGACUUCCAAAGUCUUGAAAUGAACAUCUAGGGUGAAAUAUUGGCAGCACAUGAAGUAGAGAGUUGUAAUGCUAGUGCAAUAGUAAGCACAAGCAUCUGUCUGUAUCUCAGGACCUUUUGAGCUCCUGAUAGUACUGGCCCAUGUUACCUUAGCGUUGUUGAGAGCCAAGUGGACUGAGUUGAAAUGAGUGGCAGGUGAGCUGUGUAGUUGAUGCUUAACGCAUCAUGCACUACUCAUGCUGUCGAAUUAUUACGAGCAAAUCUGUUCAAAGUUAUCUUCUUUUCUUUCACGCUUCACUCUCAUGCACUACUCAUGCUGUCGAAUUAUUACGAGCAAAUCUGUUCAAAGUUAUCUUCUUUA